UUUGAUGGCUCUUAUGAGCAAGGCCGCCAAGAAGAAGGGAAAGAAGAAUAAGAGGGCAACAGCCGCCGAUAUUGAGGAGGAGGAAGAACAAGAACAAGCUGCUCCUCCUGCUGCUACAAACGAGGAUGAACAAAUCGAAGAUGAAUACGACUGGGCAGAAAAGCCCAAGGAAAAGAAAGGAAAGAAGGAAUUCUCUCCAAGAAGGAGAAGGAAAAGCUGAAGAAGGAAAAGGCAAAGGAAGCAAAGAAGGAAAGUUGCUCACCAAGGCACAAAAGGAAGCUCAGCAGCGCGCUCAACUUCGUCUCCAACAAAUGAUCGACGCCGGUGUUAAGGUCGAAGGUCUUAUGAAUAAGGAUGGCGACAACAAGGUCAAGAAACCUGUCUACGACAACCGCAAAAAGAAGAAGGGUCCUCAGUCCGCUAAUGAAGCCGCCAGAAAGGAAGAGGAAAAGAAGCGUCUCGAAGAAGAGAAGAAGCGCAAGGAAGAAGAGGAAGCAGCCAAGAAGGCUGCAGAGAAAGAAGACGAAGAAGAAGAUUCUUGGGAAAAUGCUGCCGACUCUGACGAAGACAAAGCAGAUGUUAAGGAUAGCUGGGAUCAAGAGAGCGAAGAAGAAGAAGUCAAGGAUAGCUGGGAUGCAAGCAGUGAUGAAGAAGAAAAGGUCGCAGCACCCGUUAAAGCCACACCUGCCGCCAAGCCUGCUGCUGCUAAACCUGCUGCACCUGCCGCUAAACCUGCUGCUGCCGAAGAAUCUGAAUCUGAAGAAGAGUCUGAUGAGGACGACGAUGAGGACGACGAUUCUAGUGAUGAAGACAGCUCUGAUUACUCUGAUUCCGAUGAUGAAUCAUCCGAAGAGGAGUUGACCGCCACCCAAAAGAUGGCUUUGAAGAGGAAGGAAGAAGCUGCAGCUCGCCGUGAGCAGCGUCAAAAGGAAGCCCUUGCUGCUCGAUCAAAGGAUGAUCUUCGCUCCCCUAUUGCUUGUAUUCUUGGUCACGUCGAUACCGGUAAGACUAAGCUGUUGGAUAAGAUUCGUCAAACCAACGUUCAAGAAGGUGAAGCUGGUGGUAUCACUCAACAAAUUGGUGCCACUUAUUUCCCCGGUGAUGCUAUCAAGCAAAAGACAGCCGUUCUCGGUGACAAGGCCGUUGGCGAAGGCCUCAAGCUUCCUGGUCUGCUCGUUAUCGAUACCCCUGGGCACGAGUCUUUCACCAAUCUUCGUUCUCGUGGUAGUUCACUUUGUAACAUUGCCAUUCUUGUUGUUGAUAUUAUGCACGGUUUGGAACCUCAAACUUUGGAAUCCAUUCGCUUGCUUCGUGAUCGCAAGACGCCCUUCAUUGUUGCUCUCAACAAGAUUGAUCGUCUGUUCGGCUGGAAGGCUAUUCCUGACAACGGUUUCCAAGACUCUCUUUCCAAGCAAACAGAGCACGUCAAGCGCGAGUUCGAGAACCGUGUGCAGCAGACCAUGGUUGCCUUUGCUGAACAAGGUUUGAACGCCUGUCUCUACUAUGACAACAAGAACUUUGCCAAAUAUGUUUCUUUGGUACCUACCUCUGCUCAUUCUGGUGAAGGUGUUCCUGAUAUGUUGAACCUGUUGGUCAACCUUACUCAGUCUCGUAUGAGUGACAAGCUCAUGUAUAUUACCGAACUCGAAUGUACGGUGUUGGAAGUCAAGGUCAUUGAAGGUCUCGGUACCACAAUUGAUGUUGUCCUUGUCAACGGAUGGCUGCGUGAAGGUGACAAGAUCGUUGUCUGUGGCCUUAACGGUCCCAUUGUGACGCAAGUUCGAGCGCUGCUCACUCCUCAGCCUAUGCGUGAACUUCGUGUCAAAUCAGCAUACGUUCAUCACAAGGAAGUCAAGGCCGCUCUUGGUAUCAAAAUCUCUGCUCCAGAUCUUGAAAAGGCUAUUGCUGGUUCUCGCCUCCUUGUCUGCGGCCCUGAUGAUGAUGAAGAUGACUUGAAGGAAGAAGUCAUGUCUGAUUUGACUAACUUGAUGAGCUCUAUUGAUCGAUCCGGUCACGGUGUUUGGGUCCAAGCCUCAACCCUUGGUUCCUUGGAAGCUUUGUUAGAAUUCCUUAAGACAUCUAAGAUUCCAGUUUCUGGUAUCAACAUUGGUCCCGUUCACAAAAAGGAUGUCCACAGAGCUAGUGUCAUGUUGGAGAAGGCUCGCGAGUUUGCUGUCAUGCUUUGUUUCGAUGUCAAGGUCGACAAGGAAGCCGAAGAACUUGCCAACGAUUUGGGUAUCAAGGUUUUCAAGGCUGAGAUUAUCUAUCACUUGUUUGACGCCUUUACCGCUUACCAUCAACAACUUCUCGAACAAAAGAGAAAGGAUCAGGCUCCUCAGGCUGUGUUCCCAUGUGUUUUGAAGAUGGUUCCUCAAGCUAUUUUCAACAAGAAGGACCCCAUUAUCAUUGGUGUUGAUGUCGUUGAAGGUGUCUUGCGCAUUGGAACUCCCAUCUGUGUCAUUCGAACUGAUCCAGAAACGAAACAGAGGGACAUUAUCACCCUUGGUAAAGUGACAUCUAUGGAACAGAAUCACAAGGCCGUGGAAAUUGUCAAGCGUGGUGGUGCUGGUGGUGGUGUUGCCAUCAAGAUUGAAUGUGCUGUCUACGAAACUCCAAAGACCUACGGUAGACACUUUAUUGAGUCAGAUGAACUCUAUUCCAAGAUCACCAGACAAUCCAUUGAUAUCCUCAAGGAGAGCUUUAGAAAUGAUCUUAGCAAGGAAGAAUGGGCUCUUGUCGUCAAGUUGAAGAAGGUCUUGAAUGUAGAUUAGUGCAAUGAUUGUGGUUGUGUAAUUUUCUUGUUUUAACCAUUUCAAAAUCACAUUUUCGAGUUUUGCUCUUUUUUUUUAUUAUUCAUAUCACCUUUUCCUCCGUUAUACACUUGUGCCAAGUCACUGCCCUUCAACUUGGUUUUUUUUUUCUAUCACAAAAGCAUCGAGCAUCUCACUUAGAAGCUUCCCGUAAAAGUAAGAAAAAGUAAAAUUUCAAAAAAUUGAAAUAAUUAGCCAAGC